AUUCGUUUCAUUUUAAAUAGAUUUGAGGUAUCUAGUCCGGCUGACUUUGGGAACGGAAACGGAGUUAUAACUAUAUAGUAUUUCUCAGCUUGAACUGGAUCAAAAUUUAAGGAAAUUAGGUUUAGAAAUUAGAUAAGUGGGAAGAGUUUAAAAUCACUUUGAUACAACUCUAGUACACUUAUAAGAUUGGUGACAGUUUAAUUGAAAUAAUGUUAAGAGAAAGUCGAGCUGUUCCCAGGGCGAAGCGUAAGAUUGCCGAUACCUAUCCAGAGUUCCGUGGCGACUAUGACCAGGAAAAGGGACAGAAAGUACAGCGAGUUGAACGCGGAAGUCAGGAAGCCAAGAGGGUGACCAAGUCGCGAGAACCACCAAAAUCGCCAAUCAUUCUUCGCUUCCAUGUGUUCCCAGGUCCUAAUUCAGGCCUUUAUUCUGACCUAGCGAGGCAAUUUAAGGACGGGAUACUGGCGGAUAGUGAAAACGAUAUCCGAGCCGAGUUCCUCUUCCAUGUUGGCGACCUCCCACGAGUAUCUACCGACUACGACUACAACGCCUCGAGCAACGCCAUUUCCAGUACGCUCUACCUUGACCACACGCGACUCAAGCUAAAGAUAGAAAAACAGGAGGAAAAAAAUGAGACCCAAGCAGAAUCAAUCCCGAAGGGGUCUUAUGUUGGUUCUUACACACUGACCUCCGAGCAAUAUGACGCCCUUCUUCUCGAGCAGUACCCUAACCUGAAAUCUCAACAAGAGGAGAACCCAAGCACGACAGGAGCCAGUGGAGAAACAGACAAACUAAGUGCCAAUCAGCCCUUGGUUCGUGUCGUCGUUGAAGAAAAUGGGAUCGUCUAUGUGCAGGUGAAAGAACAAAAGUAUCUCGUCAAUCGAACCUCCAUCGUCAUCCCGAGACUGUCAUUGGAUGAGAUUGCAGCAGCGACAAGAAGGUCAUCACGGAUGGAAGUACAAGAGGAAGGUCUAUUGGAGGAAGACGAGGAUUCAAUGUCCGGUUGGGAAUCUGUAGCUUGAAUAGGCAAAAAAAUUGUCCAUGUAUUAUUAUCAUCGUAGUAAAUUUUAGCGCAACAUUUUUUUGGUAACCAAUUGAUGAUUUUUUUUUACAUCUCGACUAGUAUCUCGAUAUGUAUAAUCUUAUAACAGCAUACCUCCAGAUAUGCAAGUGAUAUAUGAUAUGUGAUAUGAUAUACGAUAAAUGCUUUCAAUUUUAAGUAAUCCACUAAAUAUUAUACUCAUUGUAUAAUAAAUAUUUCAUUUGAUACCACAGA